GUAUAGCUUCCAAAUAACGCUGAAGAAAAAGAAAAGAAAAAAAAAAGUAAAGAGAAGAGUCAUAUUCGUUGAAACGCACAUCAUUCAUUCUUCUUCUCUGCGUCUCCUUCACCCGAAAUUGUCUCUGACUCCGUUUUGAUUCAGCCAUGGCGAAUGCAGCGUCGGGAAUGGCAGUCCAUGAUGACUGCAAGCUAAGGUUUCUGGAGCUUAAGGCCAAAAGGACACACCGUUUCAUCGUCUACAAGAUCGAGGAGAAGCAGAAGCAAGUGAUUGUUGAGAAAGUUGGUGAACCUAUUCUAACUUACGAGGACUUUGCUGCAAGUCUUCCUGCUGAAGAGUGCCGUUACGCAAUUUAUGAUUUCGACUUUGUCACUGCUGAGAACUGCCAGAAGAGCAAGAUUUUCUUCAUUGCAUGGUGUCCGGAUGUAGCAAAGGUGAGAAGCAAGAUGAUCUAUGCGAGCUCCAAGGACAGGUUCAAGCGUGAACUUGAUGGGAUUCAGGUUGAGCUUCAGGCAACUGAUCCAACUGAGAUGGAUCUUGAUGUUUUGAAAAGCCGCGUCAACUAAAGAAAAGAAACUCUCUUUGAAUAAGCAAUUUCUAUCAUAUUUGACUAUUCUGAAAAUGGUGUUUUCUAUUCUCUUACAGUUUCUUGUGACUGUUAGAAGAAGAACCUCUCACCCUUCUAUAUCUAUCUGUCUGGUCUGUUUCCUGUGUCUAUGUUACCUUACAGUGUUUCAUCUAUAUUCAAAAUUAUCGCAAGGUUUGUGCUAUAUAUGUUUGCUUCCUUCGUCUCAACAAUACAAAAGCUUAUGAUUUGUGUAA